AUGUUCUCUGAAAUCUUGCUGAAAUCCCGAGGCGCAGCAAGUUCCGUCACGCGUCACGUUCGACGCGCCCACGUGAUCGCGUUACCAUUGUUGAUGCGACCCCGCGGUGCCGACUCCUCCCCAGUCGAGCAACGCUCAAAGCGCCGUCAUGUCUCUUUCCCCCAGACACCAGUGGCGUCAGCGUCAUACUCAACGCCCAGCAGAGCACCCUACACACCGUACCCUCUCCGUGCCUCCGACUCGCCUUCAAACCCUUUCGGAAGGAAACGCACCCAACGGCUCAUCCACACCCUGCCAGCGGAGACCUCAUUCAGCAAACACCUCGCUUUGCGCUUCCAGUUCGUACGACGUGGCGUGGGCCCCAAGCAGGGUGGCGUGUAUCGCGUCGUGCAAGUCCCUCAGAGCUAUACGUUCACCCACCUUCGCUGCUUGAUUGCGUUUUUAUUUGGGGUACGCUCGCGUGGCGGUGGGCUGGAGGACGAACACUUGUUUGAGAUCAAGAAGAAAGUGGCUCUUUACAGUGCGCGGCAUAAACCUGGGCAAAUCAAGGUGGGGAAGACGUGGGCGAAACUUUCGAGUGUACAGGAUCCUUGUCGGUGGCGGUCGAUGUAUGGACGCGAUGCGUUUGAGGAUGACGAGGAUGAGGAAGAGGUGGAUGAAAAUGAGGAAGCGGAAGUUGAGCUUGAGGAAGAUGAAGGAGGCGAGUGGAAGUGGGAGGAUGAAGAGGUUUUUACGGUCGCCCAUGCCUGGCCGGAGGGAGUGGACACUGAGAGGGGAAUCGUAUACCAUCACUCCCGGACUACGCAAGUCCACAUAAUCAUCAAUACGACCACUAUUCCUCGGAGGAAAGGAAUCUCAAACUUGCCUUUCGUUUUCACCGCCCGAGGACGAGUUCACCUUUCGCCAGUCCCUCUCCCUCCGCCUAACUUUGCUCCACUGCUAAAGUCAAAGCAAGCUACGACGAAGCCGAAGAGAGCUCCGGUCAAAUCUCUCCCCCGACGCGUCUCCUCGAAAUUGUCGAGAGAGUCACGAAGAACCCUCGCCGCUUUAGAAGCAGAUGGGGAUUCAGAUUCAGAGUAUGAGUCAAGCCGCCCAUUUGACGACAACCACCCCUUCCUCACGUCAAAUUACGAUGACGAAGUAUCCAGCGAGACUGAAGAAGAGGAAGACGACAGUGACGGCGAGGAAGACACUGAUGCGACGCUUAACCCUCAUAAAUGGAACGACCCCGAAGACGCCUUUGAGCAAUACUUGGCCUGGUUCAUGGGUCCUCCCCCUGCCACGGAGGAGGAUUCCACCGAAGAGGACGAUAAAGAAAACUCCAACAUCAGCCUAAUGUCCACUCCCGGCCUAUCCCUCUCUUCUUCCCCAGGCAUCCCCUCCUCCACCUUCUCAUCCCCCUUCCGCUCCUCAUCCCCGUCCUCCUCCGCCUUCUCCCUAUACUCCCCCUCCUCCUUCCCGCUAUCCGACCACUACCCCAACACGAAGUACAAGUAUACGCCCGCACCGCCUAAAGCCAAAGUGGCGAGGAUGCGGAUUGAACGCGUGCAGAAGAGGAUGGAGAAGGCGAAGAGGGAUAAGUGGUUGUGUGCUCGCGAUGAGAGUCCUGAGGUGAAGGGGGCUGAGGUUGAUGAGCUUUUGGAUGAUGAUGAUGGGGAUGUGGAUGUGGAUGAUGAUGGGAAGUGGGUGAAGCCUGUGUUGAAGCCUGGAGAGGUUUGGGAUCCUUUUGGUGAUGAGCCUGAGAUUUGA